AUGCCCCUCGAAGGAAGCGCUACUCUCCCCCCACCCCCACCCAUCUCCCAACGCACCCUGCAGAUAUCCGGCCUCCUGGUCGAUGUCUACGGCCUAUCCGAGCUAUCCCCCGCCACCACGCACGUCUCCUGUCUCUGGCUGCACCAUCCGCGCGGCCGCCGCAAGGAGGACAUGGCCGACAUCGCGGCGCGGUGCGUCGGGGCGUGGAACGGUGAUGAUGACGGAAGGAAGAGGGCUCGGACGAGAGGGCUGCUUGCGCUGGCGUAUGAUCAGCGGAACCACGGGACGAGGACGGUGGAUGAGGCGGCGAAUGGGAGUUGGAGGGAGGGCAAUCCGAUGCAUGCUUUGGAUAUGUUUGGGGUGGUGCAGGGGAUGGUGGCGGAUCAGAGGGUUAUGCUUGUGUGGCAACUGAUGUUUGCUGAGCCGAGGGUCACGGCAGGAGUGGUAAUUAUUGGGUGCCCGGAUUAUAUCAGCCUCCUAGCAGACCGCGCGAGGUUGUCGAAGCUUUCGACAUAUUCCGCACAGGACGCUGGCGCAUCAUUCAUCGGCAGCAAGGACUUUCCCCCGUCUCUCGUCGACGCAUGUAACAAGUUCGACCCGAAAGCCAUCUUUUUUGGUGCUUCCCCAGUUCCCGACGCCGGAGCAUCAACAUCCAACGACGAAACGGCGGGACAGAUCCUGCGCGCUCGUUUACAGGGUAAAAAGUUCCUACUGUGCUCCGGAGGUGAGGAUAAGCUAGUGCCCUACCGCUGCUCUGAGCCGUUCCUGCAAUGGUUCAAGCAAGCUGCCGGGUCUUGGUAUAAGGAGGAGGAUGUUUCGGUCGACGACAGAGUCUACCCGGGAGUCGGGCAUACUUUUAGUUCGGACAUGGUCACAGACUCAGUACAAUUCGUUGUGGAUGCGGUUGCUGAUGCGGACCGACGGAUCUCGGUCGGGAGUGACGAACAGAGGCCGUCCAAGAUCUAA